AUGCAGGCCGAGGGCAGGGGCCAUAAAGGAAACACGGGAACCGCAACCAAGCCGUCGGUCGAGGGCGCCGGUUUUGAUCGCCAGCCAAAAGCGUCAGCUCGGUCACAAGAGAUUCCAGUCGUCGGAGGCGCUGAGAGCAUGUACCGCGACGCGAUCCGGCACGCCUACAAGGGCGGCCACAACUUCGGCUUGUCGCAGGCGACCACCGAGUGCUACACGGACAUCGCGGACGAGAGUGCGGUGCGCCGCUGCGUUGCCGCCCCGCGCUACAUGGUCGACUUCAAUGAGAGCGAGGGCGAGUCGGCUUUCUUGGUUGAGGGGGCCCAGGUUCAGACCGAGCUCGGGCCAACGGCUUCCGUCAAGGCCGGCAUCACGUCGCUGCCGCCUUCGCUCCUCGGAGCUGAGGCGUGCGGCGUCAACAACGACGUCGUUGUGAAGGAGGAGGCCGCCACUCAGGAGGCCGUCUCCGAGGAGGCCGUCGUCGCCGAGAAGGCCGCCACCGAGGAGGCGACCAUCAAGUCCGCCGCCGGCGAGGUGUCCGCCGCCGUGGAGGCAGUCGCCGAGGAGGCGCCCGUCGCUAAGGAGGUCGUCGCCGAGGAGGCUGCCAAGGAGGUCGAGAAGCCGGCCAAGACCGUUUCCAACACGCCUGACCCAGCGGACACCACCUGCCACCCGGGCCUGCCCACGCCGAAGGAGGUGGGGAAGAGCGGGCCCGCGUCGGCCCGCAGCGGCUCCGGACCGGGCUACGUGGACGGCGUCGAGGCCGAAGUCCGCCGGCUGGGCGAGAGCGUCGUCUACCAGGCUACGCCCGCCGACGGCAAGAAGUCGCCGUCGCCGGGAGUCCCCACCUCCUUCGGCGUGGCGCCCAAGCCCCUUGGCGCGGUCGCGGGCGCGGGGCAGGCCGACGCCGCGUCACGCGAGUACUAUCUCGCCGUGCGCGACAAGGCGAUGGCCGCGAUCUUGCUCACCAAGAUGCAGCGGGCGAAGCUGGACGCCGAGCGGUCGGGGUGCGGGUGCAAGUGCCGGCGCAAGGCCAUGCGCUGCCGCAACAACCCCACGUUUGGCAAGGGCAGGCGCAAGUCUGGCAAGGCAGGGGGCAGGCGCAAGUCUGGCAAGGCAAAGGGCCGCGGCCGCGGCUCGCACCGGCGACCGAAGCCGCGCGGCGGGCCGCAGACGCCGCCUUGCAAGUCGCCGGACCGGCGCCGCGAGCCGCAGACCACGUCCGGCAAGGCGCCAUUCGCCGCUGGCACGUGCGGCGCCGGCGCUGGCACAUGCGGCGCCGUCGCUGGCACAUGCGGCGCCGGCGGUCGCGCCGGCCUCAAGGCGGCGGCCGACUGCGUGCGGGGCGGCUACACGAAGGCCGAGGGCGCCUUCCGGUGGCUGCUCCUCGUCUGCAUACCCGCCUUCGGCCACUGCGCGCCCGCCGUGCCUAGCCCGACGGAGGUGGCCUCGGCCUUCUCGUCUGCCGUCGCCUCGUCGGCGUCCUCUACCUUCUCAUCCGGCGUCGCCUCGGCGGCGUCCUCGGCCUUCUCGCCCGCCGUCGCCUCGAAGGCGUCCUCGCUCGUGAGCUGCUCGCCGCUUCUCGUGCCCGCCCUCGUGCUCAUCCUCCUCGCCAUCGCCUGCGGCGCCUCCUGGCCGACCGCGGCGAGCGGAAAGGGGGCUCGCGGCGCGGUGUGGGCCACCUGCCUCGCUGCCGCCACGGCGUGCCUCACCAGCGCGGCGGCGGCGCCUGCCGGCUUCUUCGCGAGCGCCUUCUCGUGGCUCGCGGCGGGUCCGCCGAAGGUCGCCGCCGCGGUCGCCGCCGGCACGGCGAUGUGGCGCCGCAACUCAAAGGCCCGACGUUUCGGCUGGUCCAGCUUGCUCAGCGUCCUUCUCUGCUUGGCCACCGUCGCUGGCAGUUUGGUGACCGUCACUAUCGGCGCCGCGCUUGUCGCAUCCUCAACCGCGCUGCCAGACGUCAUCGCGCUUCCGGCGAGCCCCGAUUGCUUCUCAAUCAACGCGAGCACGACGAAAUGUGACGCGUCCUUCGACAUCCUGCCGGAAGAUCCGUCCACUGAUCCGCCCACGCCUCAAAAGUGGCGCUUCUGUGGGGGAUCACCCUGCGACGGCCUCGAAACAUCGCAGUACACAGACGAUACUUUGCCGGAUGGCUUCUACCCUGACUUCUGGCCUCCUCUCGCUGACGCGGGGAGCUGGACGAGCAACGUCCAGAACCUCGCCCCCGGGGGGUGCCACCGGAAAGUGCCCCCGGGCACCGUACGCGUCGAGCUCCGCUUCUUCGCCUUCGACUCGUGGGACAGGAAGGAGGAGGUCCAGAUCUACCUCAACGGCGAGCUCGCGCUGUCUUUCCAACCUCUUCCCGAGGUUGGAAACCCGGCUCCGUCUCGAAUAUCGACAGACUGCGGGAAUGGUUAUGACGACUGGAUGGAACUCCCGCUGGUUGCCCAGGCGUCUUUGUCUGGCGAUGACGGCCAAUGGCUGCGGCUUCGCAUCAGCACAACCCUGGACCAACCUGCCAAUGACGAGUCCGGGACCAUCGCGGGCUACACGAGCCGGUUCGACAGGCACAACGACGGCAAGUGCUGCGACUAUGCGAGUAACAACGACACGGUCUGCGGGUUUGAGGUGCGCGGCGCUACCUGCACCCACUACAGCGGCACGGUCCACGGACCCGCCGUGCUUCCCAAGCUCUGCGACGGCACCCUCGGCUUCGACGUCGUCUCCUCCUUCUCGCUGGCCGACCCGUCCGCCAAGGCGGCCUUCCUCUCGCUCGCCACCGCGACGGCGACGGUCACGCUCACCUCGACGCACAAGCUGCCCGCCGGCCCGGCAAAGGCGCUCAAGCAGGCGUCCGAGGUUGCCGUCGGAGAGACGGUCUGGCUCGCGUCGCCGGCCGCGGGCACGCUCGCGCCCGUCCUCAAGAUAACCAAGGUCGUAGCCGACGGGCUGCACAGCCCGCUCACUAUGCACGGCGGCUGGCCAAUCGUCGACGGUGUCGCGACCUCGUACAACAGUGCGGCCGUCGUCGCGCGCAACAAGUACCUCGUCCCGCUCGUCGAGGCGGCUUGCCCCUCCCUCGGCCGCCUCGUCGUGGCGGCCGUGAACCCCAAGCCGAUGCACUACAUCGAUGGCGAGGUGGUGGAGCCAAUCGCAUCGCUCGAGGUCGCCGCUGCCGUGGCCGUCACGGUCGCCGCUACGCUUGGCGUGAUCACGGCGCGCAAGUAG